AUGGCCGGUUCGAACUUCACUUCAGGCUCCCCUACACGACCAAAUCCUCUUAACCUCCCUAUCCCCCCGCCGCUUCUCCAUACACGCGCUAGUCAGGAGAACUACGACCGACCCUCCACGCCCACCCACAGCCAAAAUGAAUUUACAAGCCCAGUGCAAACGCCGACCGGAAGCCCCAGCAAGAAUAGAAUGCCCCCUGGUGCCUUGAAUCUGCCUGGAGUUUUCGAGAAAGCAAUGAAAUUAGCCCCAUCUUCUCCAACAAAAUCGGGGUUCGGCACCCCUAGCUCUCCUGCCAAGGGGUUGUCUGUACUGGAAGACUUCAAUGGAAGUGUUAUUCAUCAAGAUGCCUACCAACAGACUCCAGGCAGCCCGACACGCCGAUCGAAUAAGGAAAAUGCCCCCCCAAGCGUGCCCCGUUUGGGGAAAGAGCUGGGACUCAAUGUCAAUUCAGCUGCUGUCUCUAGACUUGAGCAAUACCAACAGCGCGAUAAUAUGGAGAGUGUACGGAGGGCCCAAAAUCAGACACGCAUUGGUUUGACAGCGGAGGAACUUGAGAAGCUUCAGUUGCCAAAGGUCAAGCGGCUGGCUAAUGUGACCCAGCUUUAUUUCCUGGACCACUACUUUGACAUACUCAGCUACGUACACAAUCGCCAAACCCGAUACAACCAAUUCAAGGCCGCCUACCCUGCACCUCCAGAGACUCCGGUCGAAGAAUACGAGCCUGCACUUCAGAAAUACCUCGGUCGCGAACGAGCCAAUUUGCGUAAACGACGCACCCGUCUGCGACAGGGUGACUUUCAUAUUCUUACUCAAGUCGGUCAAGGUGGAUAUGGACAGGUGUAUCUGGCACAGAAGAAAGAUACCCGUGAAGUGUGCGCUUUGAAGAUAAUGAGCAAGAAGCUGCUCUUUAAGCUCGAUGAGAUUCGACAUAUUUUGACCGAGCGUGAUAUCUUGACCGCCGCCAAGAGCGAUUGGCUGGUGAAGCUUUUGUACGCUUUCCAAGACGACCAACAGAUCUAUCUCGCCAUGGAAUACGUCCCAGGUGGUGAUUUCCGGACCCUACUCAACAACACCGGCGUCUUACACAACCGUCACGCCCGUUUUUACAUUGCGGAGAUGUUUAGCUGCGUCGAUGCAUUGCACAACCUGGGCUAUAUCCAUCGGGACUUGAAGCCGGAGAAUUUCUUGAUCGACAGCACUGGUCAUGUCAAGUUGACUGAUUUUGGUCUAGCUGCGGGUAUGCUGAACCCUGGAAAGAUUGAAUCAAUGCGCAUCAAAUUAGAGGAAGUCGGCAAUACACCAGUUCCGUUUGGACGACCAAUGGAACAGCGAACGGCAGCGGAGCGACGUGAAGGAUAUCGGUCUCUUCGAGAACGCGAGGUCAACUAUGCCAACUCCAUAGUUGGAUCUCCCGACUACAUGGCGCCUGAGGUGUUGAAAGGCGAGGACUAUGAUUUCACUGUUGAUUACUGGAGUUUGGGAUGCAUGCUGUUUGAAGCGUUGGCCGGAUAUCCGCCGUUUGCUGGUGCUACUGUGGACGAGACAUGGCAGAAUCUGAAGCGCUGGCAGAAGGUGUUACGGAAACCGCAGUAUGAGGAUCCGAACUAUUUCCUAUCUCGUCGAACUUGGGACUUGAUCACACGCUUGGUGGCAGCGAAGGAGACGCGAUUCAAGAACAUUCAACAGAUUCACGACCAUGAAUACUUUGCCGAGGUUGAUUUCAACAAGUUGCGAGAGCGCAACGCGCCGUUUGUUCCGGAGCUGGACUCGGAAACCGAUGCAGGCUAUUUCGAUGACUUUAGCAAUGAGGCCGACAUGGCGAAGUACAAGGAAGUGCAUGACAAGCAGCGGCAGUUGGAGGAGAUGGCAGACCGAGAGGAGCAAAUGGGCAAAGGGUUGUUUGUUGGAUUUACUUUUAGACAUCGCAAACCAGCCGUGGAAGACGGUCGAGGCAGUCCUCGGAAGUCUAUUCUGACAGAGGGCACAUUUGGGACGAUCUUUUAGUAUGUUGAUUGAGCAGGCUUGAUUAACGCUGUUUUAUUCUUCGGCAUUAUCUUAAUCGUUCGGCAUGAACCGUUUUUGUUAUUGACCACACUGUUUUGCGGGCCUUUCUUUUACUUCGAUAAUUGUGUUUGAUACUGGGAUGCGUUUCUUAUUCCACUGUAUGAGUAUGAUUUUAGAGUACAAUCAAUGAUAUGAUACUUCUGAUUC